UUGCUCUUUUCCUCCAUGUUCGCCUCCGUCCUCCGCCGUCAAGCCCGUACCGCGGCGGUAUCAUCUUAUGACUCUCUCUUCUCCCGUGUUUGGCAAACUACACACGCGCCAUGUCAACGUCCAACGCGUUUUCUCUCUUUUUCGGCCAUUCGUAGGUUUGAUGUGCCGGUCGUCCAAAAACAGUCCCAGCAUCCCCCCAGUCAACAAUUAUUCAUUGGAAACCUUCCAUAUGAGGUUACAGAGGCGGAGGUGCGAGAAGCCCUGGAGUCUUAUGGGCACAUUAACAGUCUGCGACUAGUGUUAAAUCCAGAUGGAUCGAGUCGAGGCUUUGGCUAUAUUACAUUCAGCAGUGUCCAAGAAUCCACGGCCGCUUUCAACGCAGAAAUCAAAAUACUCAACCGACUUAUGCGCGUUGACUACACCAUGGCUCGGCCGUCUCAUGCGAGCGGCAUGGCCAGUAUGCGUUCACCUACACCGCCUUCGUCUACCCUCUAUGUUGGAAACAUGCCUUUCGGCACCAAUGAGGCCGAAAUUCGUGAAAAAUUCGAACCAUUUGGUCCUCUUCGCAGUGUGCGGCUUUCGCUUGACCCACAAGGCACAUUCAAGGGAUUUGCGCAUGUGGAAUUUGAGAGGGAAGAUGACGCUGUUGCGGCCCACGACAGCUUUGCAGAGGAACCCCUCUACAUGCUUGACCGUAACGUGAAAAUCGAUUAUGCGGCCUCCAGAGCAACUGGCCGCAAGAUGCCAAGCCCAAGUCUCUACUUUUUCGAUUUUCGGGGUGACGGUCUUGCCCUUCGCCAUUCACUCUCAGCCUUUGAUCAAGACAUUAUUCGCACCUAUUUUUUGCGAAGCAGGGUAACAGGCGAACUGACUUCGACGGGAUUUAUCGAGUUCAAGUCCGUCGAGGCGGCAACGGCGGCCUUGCAAAAACACAAUGGUCGUAUGACGAAGUUUGGACCCUUGAACCUCGAAUUUGCUGUCAGUUCUCGCCAAGACGCCAACCCUCAGGACCGAUACAAUGCUUCAGUUGCUGCCCGUGCGCAAGCUAGUGACCGUGUUCAGCGUGGGUAUGGCGACAGAGAUUUUUGA